CUUUUAUUGUCGUAGUUUGAAGUUCGAGGUUCAUUGCUCAAACCAUUUAAAUCACCACUCUAAGCUGUUCAUUCAUCAUGGUUCGAUUCAUCUCCGACUCCCGCAAACGCCCCGUCAAUCAGCAUGCUCCGCUCCUCUUAAUCGGAGCCGGAGUCCCCCGCGCCGCUACGUCAUCCAUGCAAGCGGCAUUCGAACAGCUCGGUUUCACGCCGUGUCUACACAUGGCGGAAAUAAUCCCACAUGCGUCCCGCCAGCAGCUCAUGAUCGAUGCGGUGCGUGAAAGAGACACGGAGCGACGACAGAAGCUACUGCGUGAGCUGAUUGGCGGCUACGAAUCCGUAUGCGAUCUGCCAGUCGUUUUCUUCACACCUGAUUUGAUGGAUAUGUAUCCAGAUGUCAAAAUAGUGCUGAACGGACGUCCAAGUUCUGAGACAUGGGCACGGAGCGCCUACGAUAGUCUCGGAUUCUUCUUCACUCCAUGGUUCAAAUGGAGUGGCAUGCUCUGGAAAACCGACAGGCUGUGGUAUAAACUCAACAUGGAGUGUGUUAAGUGGUCUAAGGCGAACUUCGGCACGGACGACAUAUUUUCUACGAAAAUGUAUGACACGUACUACGAACAUGUCAGAGCGGACGCCAGGAAGCGUGGAAAGGAGGUUCUUGAGUUCAAGGCUGAGGAUGGGUGGAGCCGCUGUGCAAAUUUCUGGGCAAAGAGAUUCCUAGCGGUCCGUUCCUACGGAUGAACGAGAAGAAAACCUUUUCUAUUAUCAAGGGGAUUAUUAUAGCGAGAGGGUUACUGACAUGGACAACCCUCAUUCUCGCAAUUUGGGCUGCUCGGAAGUUAGGUGUGCGGCUCCUUCACGAGAUUGCCACACCAGGAGUUUGAUUGGUUGCCGAGUACAUCUCUUUCCGUCAAAUAAAGGAUUGAUGGAGAAAAUCUUUAUAUUUAACCUCCCGGAAGAAAAGAAAUCCCUACUGAUGUGCUGUAGAGCAUCUGAACUGCUCCCUGAACAGUGAGA